AUUUACAAAUUUAGUUUUACUUUUAUUUUUAUUUUUAAAUCAAGAUGUUAAACCUUGGUGUUACGUAAAUAUUUUUCUAAAAUUAAGGCAAUAUGUAAAAAAAAAAUCUUUAGAAAAGAAAAAAGCAUAUAACUUCCAAGGAGAAAAUUGGAAGAGAUUGGUGUAAAAGUAUUCUUCUUUCUUCUUCUUCUAGUAGGAGAGUCCACUCAGCUUCCAUGGCAGCAUCAGCAUCGAACUCUGAAGCAGAAAUGAAAAGGGAAGAACUACCAAAAUCCAUGGAAGAACCACAAGAACAAGUACAUGAACAACCUCACCAUAACCAAUCAGAUGAAGGCGAAAACGACAACGAAUCCCAUCUCCAUCUCUCUGCCUGCUCUUCACCUCCUCAUUCCCUCUCCACCAGCAAAGAUCCCUCGCCGCCUCUCCACUCUCCCUCCAUCUCCUCCGAUUUCUCCGAUCACACUUGUCACUCUCGUGGAAACUCCUCCAUUGACGACGUUCAGGACUUACCUCCCUCCGCUAAUCCUCCAUCUCCCAGACCUGUAGCAGCCAACCGCGCGCAGCCAUCUGAGCCGAUUGUUGUGACGAAGGUGGAUACUGAAAUACAGGGGGUGCGGAAGGUGGAAGAGGUUAGCGAUAGUGAUGGCGAUGUAGAGAGUGCCGAUGGCGGUAAGGUUGGGCGAGGACGGAAGUUGAUGGAGAGUUUAUCGAUUAAGAAAAUUAAGGAGGAGGAAUUGAGGAAGAAGAUCUUGUUAGGGUUUAGAAUUUGUGGAUUUGCCUUCUGUUUGGUCUCGGUUUCGGUUAUGGCUUCUGAUAAGGAUCAGGGCUGGGCUUUGGAUUCAUUCUAUCGCUAUAAGGAAUUCCGGUACUGUAUGGCAGUGAAUGUUAUUGGAUUUGUUUACUCUGCACUUCAAUCCUAUGAUCUUGUCUAUUUUCUCUCUACUGGAAAACACAUGAUGCGUAAUCACUUCAAGCAAUACUUCGAUUUCUUCAUUGAUCAGAUAAUAGCAUAUCUUCUUCUAUCAGCUUCGUCUUCGGCUGCCACCCGAAUCGAUGAUUGGCAAUCCAAUUGGGGAAGGGACAAGUUUCCUGACAUGGCUACCGGGUCGUUGGCAUUGUCCAUUGUUGCAUUUGUUGCUUUUGCCUUGAGUUGUAUAAUCUCUGGUUAUACCCUAUGUAAAUCUGCUUAGGUAACCUUUGCUGGACUUGCUUGUUGGCGAACUUGAUUCAAUGAUGAUGAUAGCAACAAACAAACACAAUGGUGAUGAGGAUAUGCAAGAAGAUUUGUUUCAACAUUGUGCUGUGAAUUAGGCAUGCUUUCACUUGGAAAAUAUAUUUGGGAGUUUACUUAAUUCUUUGUAAAUAGGAUGAAGAACACUUGUUGUGCACUUUACAUGCACUUUGAAUCAUUACAAGUUGAAGGGAAAGAGUGAAUAGGGAAAAGUUAGAGGAAGUUAUUCAA